CAGAUUCACUCAGCUCCUGUAUCGCUCUCCCUUCUCCAUCUCUCUGCCUCUAUCCCUCCCUACUCUCUCCGCUGGUGGAUUUUAGCCCACUGCUGUGUGGAACACCGCCAAAAUGUCCGACAAGCCUGACAUGACAGAGAUCGCCCGCUUCGACAAGACAAAGCUGAAGAAGACAGAGACAAAAGAAAAAAACCCUCUGCCCACCAAAGAGACCAUUGAGCAAGAGAGGAAAGGCGAUGCCACACCUUGACUUCUGAGCACAUGAAGAAAAGAAGCUGAGAUGCCGCAGCAAAAAAGCACUUUCUUUUGAUUAUCACAGUAUUUGAAUCUCUUAUUUUGUCUUCAGAAAAGGGUGCUCUUGAGCUCCCUGGGGUGCUGUAAGGUUCUAUGGCAUCCUCACAUGGGGGUUCUCUUACCACUCCGGUGGAAGAAUUUUAGCCUGGGUGCCUGUCUUGCACUGUUAGCCUGUAGCUAACAUGUCUCCAAUAUUGCCAAACUGGGGAGUGGUGUAGAGAUGUAGCAGAGAAAGAGAGAGAGAGGCAG